AUGAGAUCGGAUGGAACUGGGGUCGAGGUUGACUACGACGAACCCGGCUCCCCGCUAGAUAGGUAUCUCGCCAAUCUCGACCUUGAAUUCCACCCUGCAGCAGGAACAGAGGAACUCAGUCUAGCGCAACAGCUCCAUAAUGUGCAAGCAGAAUCCCCUGAGCAAACUAGCGCUGCAAUCAAGGAAGACCUCUCUCAAAUCGAGCAGGAUCUUAGCCCAAUCAUGUUUGCAAAAAAUCUUUGCUCAAAGAUGAGACGUGGAGCUGCAGAGUAUCUUCAAGGACUACAAGACAAUCAUCUGAUCAAAGCAUCAAAACUCGAAUACGACUCACGUACAUUCCUUCAGCAGCAGUUAGCUGACUUCCAACUCGACGAUGCCCUUGAAGAAAUUGGGGAGUCCGGAUGUGAAGAGCCCGAUUACCGAAGUCAGAUCGAGAAAGAUUUGGAUGACGGCCGCCGCGAUCAUCUCACAGAAAACCACGAUUACUGUUGUCCUAGUAGCUCGAGUUUAGCUUCCAUUCUCGCCCAGCAAGUUGCCAAAAAAUCUGCUAAAAUUGAAGCAGAAGAGUUUUCGUGCGGCGAUUAA